CGUCUCUGAAGGUCAGGCACUACAAUAACGUGAGAGGUGCUGUUUAAUUAAUUAACGUGUCCAAAGUGAUUUGGGAUUGUUGACUAGAAGGCAGAAGAGAAGGACAAAGUUUCAUUAUCAGCAUCAUGAAUUCCUCACAGUAGCCAAAGAAAAAGUAACCUUGUACUUAAGGAAGAGUUCUGUGUUCUGAGGUUUAACUGUCAUAUAUUCACCUUGGAUCCUAGAUGAGCAUAUACUGUGCUUUGAAGGUGCCGGAAGGUUGCAGAGCCCUCGGGCUCCACCAUUACAGAUCUCACUCUGUGGCCAAGGCCUCUCCAAACCUGGCUUUUGUGCCAGCCAGCCCUCCUCCAGAUGCUGUGGAAGUGGAGGCACUGCAGCGCUUUGUUUCUCAUUCCCAGAGGCUGUUGGUAAUGACUGGCGCUGGAAUUUCCACUGAAUCAGGGAUCCCAGACUACCGCUCAGAAGGGGUGGGGCUUUAUGCCAGGACAGACAGGCGACCCAUCCAGCAUGCUGAGUUUGUUCGCAGUGCCAGUGCCCGCCAGAGGUACUGGGCAAGGAACUUUGUGGGCUGGCCCCAGUUCUCCUCUCACCAGCCUAACGCAGCGCACCUGGCCUUAAGAAACUGGGAGAAGCUAGGAAAGCUGCACUGGCUGGUGACCCAGAACGUGGAUGCCCUGCAUACCAAGGCCGGGAGUCAGCGGGUGAUGGAAUUGCAUGGCUGCACACACAGGGUUCUCUGUCUCGGCUGCGGAGAGCAAACUCCCCGCUCAGAGCUUCAGAAGCGUUUUGAAGUGCUGAAUCCGACCUGGAGAGCUGAAGCACAUGGCAUAGCCCCUGAUGGGGAUGUCUUCCUCACGGAGGAGCAGGUGCAUAACUUCCGCAUCCCGGCUUGCAGCAGAUGUGGUGGGAUCCUGAAGCCAGAUGUAACGUUCUUCGGGGACACAGUUAGCCGGGAGAAAGUGGACUUUGUGCACAAGCGCCUGGCUGAAUCAGAUUCCAUGCUGGUGGCAGGAUCCUCUUUGCAGGUGUACUCUGGUUACAGGUUUGCACUUGCUGCCCAUGAGAAGAAACUGCCAAUUGUGAUCAUUAAUAUUGGACCCACAAGGUCAGAUCACUUUGCAUCCAUGAAACUGAAUUCCCGGUGUGGGGAGUUGCUGCCUUUGAUUGUCCCACGGUGACUCAACUUCUAGUGUUAGUGAGCUAGGCACCUGCACCCACUCAAGGUGCUUAUUGACCCAUCACAAUCUCUUAAGAGGGGCUAUUUCAACUCAGGAGGCAAACAGAGGUGAGAUCUAAAGGUGCAUCUUUUGAUGAGACCAGCAGAGAGCAGCAAACCAUCAUCCGUUCCAAUCAGAUCAGCUUCCUGCACUGAACCAUGGUCUCCAUUUACUUGGAAGCAGGAGGGGUGGGAAGCGUCUGGUAUGAGAUUCUCUCAGCCCUGCCUGUCCCUACAAUCUACCGUGCCUCUGCUUUGCCUUCACUGCAAGGUGCUGGGACAGGGUGAUCAGACUUUUGUAUCUCCAAACCAAGACACUUUUCUUACAAUUGGCACGAGGAGGGUUGGGGAAGGGGAGCUUGGAGGAGGGAUUAGACAAAUUGGAAUGGGGGACAGGGAGAGCACAGAGUUGAAGAGGGUUUUAACAGCUGGGGGAUCGAAUGUCACAAACAGGUGAGAGGGG